GCUUUGCUCUCUGAACAUAGUCAUAUAGCCAGUGAUUGGCGCACGAUGGACACCGUACAAGAACAUAGUCGCGAAAGCCCAGGCUAUCCCUGAACAGGUGCUCCAAGAGUUGACAUCGCCGCAUCUUCUGAAUACAUGCGUAACUGAUCGCAUUCGACAAUGGCAUCUGCGGCGGCCGUUGGCGCUGAUGCUGCUCGGUCACCCGUCCACAACACCAUCGGCGAGGACGACGGUGUACCUGGACAAGUCACAAGUGCUAUCAGCACGAAGGAAGAAGGUCUGGCAACCAACGGUACAUUGGAAGACGACGAGGAUGAGGAUAUUAGAGCCCCUGCAAAGCGGAACGGUAUCGUAACCACUGCGCUUGACGGUGAAGAUGAUGGCCAAGCUGAAGAGGACGAUCUGUUUGGAGACGAGGAUGAAGUUGCGGCCAAGCCACCACCACGGCAACUGGACGAUGAAGAGCUCGACUCUGGGGAUGAUCUGGAUCGAGGCGACCGUGUGCAAGACCAGGCCGAAACACAGGAGCAGGAGUACGAGACCCAAGUCAAGAAUGUCAUUGACCUGCAAAUGGCACGGCAGCCAUUACCCGAACCUAGCGACGGCGAGAUGUACCUUCUAAAGGUGCCUGACUUCAUGGAGGUUGAUCCACAAGCAUGGUCUCAUGAUAGCUUCCAGCCUCCAACCUCCGACCAUCAUUCGGAGAAGGCGUCAUCGGCUUUCUCUGCUUAUACCACCGCCAUGACCACAUUACGGUGGCGCCGGUCACCGUCAAAUCCGUCCGAAUUACAGUCCAGCGCGCGUGUUUUGCGAUGGUCAGACGGCUCACUUACACUUCAACUAGCCUCGCAACCAACAGUGCAAUACGAGAUAGACGGCAACCCUCUAGCUCCGCCGUUGCGCAAUCCACUAAAGCCGACACCGGUCAGUGUGCAGACUGGUUCAAAUAAGGGGGGUCGGCAAGGCGACGGGUCAAUACCUGGCGAGAAAUACGAUCAGAGCAAGGACGCGUUUACCUAUUUGAUCGUCCCAAGUGAAGCAACGUCAUCAUUACGAGUGGCGCACAAAGUCACUGCUGGUCUGUCGCUCAGACAGCCUGCCUCGGUUCAAGAUGACGCUAUUGAGCGCCUGCAGGCCGCUUUGGCAAACGCCGCAAACGCCACGAAGGUCAAUGGUGCUGGCGCGAUCGAGAAGUUACAGCUGAUCGAAGAAGACCCGGAGAAGAAGCGUCGCGAGAUCGAAAUGGCCAUGAAGAAGAAUGCGCAAGCGGCUAAGCGGAGAGAGGCUGCGAUCCAGCGCGAAUCUGAGCGAUCAAACCGCACGCUUGGACGCUCUGGCCUUUCAAGCAACCGUUAUGGGGGUGGCGGUCUCAAUGUCGGCAUGCUGGAGGAUGAUGAUGGCAUGGCGACUACCCGCGGCCCUCGAAGAACGGGUGCUACCCCGCGGAAAGCUCGACAACGGAGAAAUAGCAUCUACUCCGAUGACGAGGACCAUGGCCGGAGACGGUUCACGACGAAGGAGGAUGAGUACGAUGAGGAGGAUGACUUCCUCGCGCCUUCCGACGAAGAAGAGAUUGUGGAUGACGAUGACGAAGAUGACGAUGAUGGUAUUGUGGAGGAACCGCGUGCGAGGGAGCGGACGCCGAAGAGAGAUCGAGAGCUGGUGCCGCAAGCUGCUGCGGAAGCGGCAGGCGAUGAUGCGGAUGCUGAGGGUGAAGUUGAUGAGGAAGUGCAGCAAGCAAGGACGAAGCGACGGCGGAUCGUCGAUGAGGACGAAGACGAGGAGUGAGUGAAGCCAAUAGGGUGGCAUUUGAGGUUUCAUGUCUUCACUAGCGCGGCGUUUGUUAGAACGGUAAACCAGUUGAGAUCUGGUUGACGCCAUCUGGUAGCAUGUAACUUGAACUCAGUAUUGUAACAACGUACACUAUUCGUGGAAGGC